AGAACGAGCGGAAGUCGUGUGUUUCCGUUAUAACGGCUGCCUUGACGCUAGUCCCGAACAGCUGGUUAGCAUUUAGGCUAUGAGGCUAGCAGGCCAGCUGUGCUUCUGCUGUGUAUUACAAUGGGAGCUGGACCAAAACAUUAGCUCUAAUGCUAAAUUUAAACAAUGCUGUGUCAUUAAUUAGUCCAGUGAUAAUUCAUUUGAAGGGCCGUGCUAAUUAGUUUGCUAACGGCUAGUUAGCCCCGUUAGCCGCGCUCCCAACAACAACAACAAGCAGCAGCAGCAGCUGUCAACACUGAACUCCUGCGUUUCCUCGUUAGCAGCCCGCACGGUUUCACCGCAAAAACGGCACUUUAAAGAAAUUCAAAUGGAGACAAACGCACCGAAGAGACGAGAUAAUAAGAAGUCACUGCGUGUGAAGGUAAUAAGCCUCGGAAACGCCGAGGUCGGAAAGAGCUGCAUCAUCAAACGCUACUGUGAGAAGAGGUUCGUUCCCAAGUAUUUGGCCACUAUUGGUAUUGACUAUGGAGUCACCAAAGUGCAGGUUCGAGACAGAGAAAUCAAAGUGAACAUCUUCGACAUGGCCGGACAUCCGUUCUUCUACGAGGUGCGUAAUGAGUUUUAUAAGGACAGUCAGGGGGUGCUGCUGGUUUACGACGUCGGCCUCAGGGAGAGCUUCGACGCCCUCGACAGCUGGCUGGGCGAGAUGAAACAGGAAAUGGGCUCUCAGGCGAACAUGGACAGCAUCGUUUUCAUCGUCUGCGCCAACAAGGUGGACCUGACGAAGCGGCGAGUGGUGGACGAGGGUGAGGGCCGUCUGUGGGCCGAGUCCAGAGGGUUUCAUUACUUUGAGACGUCGGCACAAAGCGGAGAAGGCAUCAACGAGAUGUUCCAGGCGUUCUUCUCCUCCAUCACUGACAUGUGUGAAAAUGGCGGGAAGCGUCCGGUGUCAGAGGUCAGCGUUGGCUUCACCAAAGAGCAGGCCGACACCAUCCGACGCAUCCGCAACAGCAAGGACUCAUGGGAUAUGUUGGGCGUCAAACCUGGGGCCACACGGGAGGAGGUGAACAAGGCGUACCGGAAGCUGGCUGUCCUGCUGCACCCGGAUAAAUGCGUUGCCCCCGGCAGCGAAGACGCCUUCAAGGCCGUGGUGAACGCCCGCACCUCACUGCUGAAAAACAUUAAAUAACACAAACACACACCUGAAGCCUCUGGUAGAGAUCGGACCUCUCGUCACUCAGACGUGGACUCACACACAGCUGCGUGAUCAGUGUUUAUUUAUUGGUAUAUUUAUUUAGCGUAAAGGUCUUGUGUGCCAUGUUGCUUGCCACAGUGCUGUAUGCCAACCUAACGUCUGGUUUAUGAUCAGUUUUAACCUAUUUACUACAUUUUAUCUCUAAACUGUUGUGUGUGUUCAUGAGCGUGAGUGAGUGAGUGAGUGUAUGGAAGAUGAUGAAGGCCACAUGGGAAAAUAAAAUUCACUUCGGAGUCAGAAUUUUAAAUUUAUAGCCAAAUUCUGAGAUUAAAGUCGGAAUUCUGACAAAUUAGGAUUUAAAUGGUGUAAUUCUUAAAUCAUAUUUUUAAAAAUGUAAAAAUAUUCAGGAUUUUUUGAAAAUGUCAAAAUUGUGGGUAGAAACUGUAAAUCAGAGAAUUAAAUUCUGAAAAUUAAAUCAGAAUCAGACUCUAUGGAUUUAAAUCAAAUUUUGAAAUUAAUUCCAAUUUUUAAGUCAGAAUUGCAAAUGUAUUGUUUUAUAAGAAGAAGUCAUAACUCUAAGGCUAAAGACUUCUUGAAUUUUCAGAUUAAUGUCACAAUUUGAAAAAAACAUCAAAUUCAGAGGUUAAGUCAGAAUACUGAGAAAAAGCUCUACUUGUUGUGAUAAUACAGUCAGACUCCUGAUGUACAAAAACAAGUCACAUUUCUUCUGAUUGUUUCACGUGGCCUUCGUCCUUUUCUGUAUGUUGAUGUGUGGUUUUGAGUUUUUAGUGUGUGUGUGUUUGUGUGCACGUUGUGGCCAGGUUAACAUCUUCGUUCUUCCUGUUGGUGAUGAAGACGUCAGUAGAGCAGCAGGUCAAAGGUCAGUGUUUAACCUGAUUUCACAGUAAAACACAUUUAGGUCGACUGCGUUAUUAAAAAUGAGCAGAGAAACAAAUCCAGUCAGUAAAGUUACAGACUAGUGUAAUAGAAGUCAAUUAAUUUCUAUGAAAUGUGAGUUUUAUUCUGGAUAAAUUCACAUUUCACAACUAACUAACUAAACUAAUUAAUUAGAUUCCUAAAGCUUUUUUAAAGCCUGGUUGCCAAAUCAGUAGAAGUUAAAGGUGUGAUGUGAACAAAGUGCAUGUUUAAUAUUAAAAAUACUCUCAAACUUUUAUACUUUCCACGUGGCCAAAUCUGCCAACUUCACAUCCCAAACACAAACACUUUGUUUUCUACUAAUCACCAGUUCCUGGGUGAUGAUUGGUCGAUGCAGCUACGGCAUCAGAAAUGCCAAACCAGUCUAGAACCAACAGGUUUGAGGAGAAAGGACUGUGGGCGUCGAACUACCAGCUUAGCUGGCUCGUUAUUGCAGGAACCAGUUGUCUGCUGUUUACUGAAUGGGUGUGGUUAGCGUCAUCUGCUGUAAUUUGUUCCUUCAAAAGAUCCAUUUCAUUUUAAUCAAAUUCUAAAUUUCUAAACUUAAACGAUUGUUACAUUUCAUGAAAAUCUGUUCCCUAAAGUGAAUAAUUUGUGCCUCCUUACUGUUUGUGCCUCAUAUUUAGAUUCAUAAUUUCCUCCCUUCAGUUUUGUUCAUAACAUCAUUAGUUUGCUAACUUGGUCCUCUUAACAUUCUUUUCAUCGAAAAUUUGUUCCCUUAAAUUACUAAUCUCUGGCUCCUGCUGUCAAAUUUGUUCCUUCAAAUCACAAAUUUUCAACCUCACAUCCAUUAUUUUUGUAUCAAAUUCAAAAUUAGACUUGAAUACCUUACGUGACUGAUCGUCAUUUGUCCUCAAAUGACUUUUUUCUCUCAUAUUCAUAUUUGGUUCUGUUUAGUUUUUUGUUACAUUUCUAAAUUGUUCCCCUCAUAUUUGUAAUUUGUACCCUCAUUUGUUCCCUAAAUCUACCGAACUGUUCCCUCAAAAUUUAUUUUUAAUGGUUAUCUUUGGAUAUUUAUUCUUGAUCUCCAAUAUAAAACUGUUCCCUGAAAAUACUAAUUAUGUAAUUUGUUCCCUCAAGUAAUUUGAGACAUUCUUUCAUAAUACAAAAUACUCCUUGUGAGUGUUUUAAUUGCGUUUCCCUUUUAAUAUCAAAUACUACCUUACUCAUUCCCUAAGAUUAGCCAAGUUAACCAAUUAAUGUUUUUUUGGAAUAUUACUCUCUUUUGACCAGAAAAACUGUAAAUAAGCAGCAAUUUUGUUCCUUUACUUCUUGUUAAAAGUGUCAGACAGUGACGAUGUCUUUACCUGAACAGGAACAUUUACAUGGCUGAUGAUGACGGGAUGUUUAUCAUCGGGAUAUCAAACUAAAACAAAGACUCGUGUCCGUUUACUGACUUUUUACCACGUCUGUCCAUCUGUGACAGAAACAGAAGCAUCUUGUUAAAGCAGAAAGAAGUGUUUCAUACUGUAAAGAACUGACAGACAGCAUGGAUAUGUUAUCAUAGUUUUAUAUUUUUACAUACGUGUAUCCACAGGAAUGAAAACACACAGACUGAGCGUCCACUUGUCAAUUUAAUGAGAUUUUUUGGGGGUUUGACAGAAUUUGAGAUUUGACUGUGACCAGUUCUGUAGAAAUUUUAAUUGAAUUUGUACUCUGUUUUAUUUAAAAAAAAAUACUACACACUCAGAUGUGGCAUUGUUAGCACUUUUUUGCAUUAAAUAAAAUCCAGAAUAUACUAAAUUUAAUUUUUUAGUAUAAUCUGGAUGAACACACUAAAAACACCUAAAAUAAAAAUCCCAGUAAAUCGAUAAAUGGAACGUACAGAGUGUUUUUGAUGUACAGCGUCCGCCAAUCACACGUAUCAAACGUUAUUUAAAUUUAUUUUGUCUGUCUGCAUAUCAGUGUGUUCUGUGUUAUAACCACAUAUUAUUUAUUUUGUAUGAUGAACAGACGGUUUAAAAACAUCAGACUCGCUGAUGGAUACUGAGACUGUGAGUGAGAGAGUGUGUGUUUGAGGAAUGUGUGUUCAGUUAUUCGCGUGUUAUUUCGUCACAGAUUGACCUCCGUACCUCAUGACUGUGACUUCAGUCACACUUUAAUCAUCUGACGAGUCGAUGAUGUGUUUCCUGUCGCCUUUGGACAGUCUUAAAGGUCACACUUUCACAGUAAUGCAGAGGAAGAAGAGCGUCGAAGAGAAGGGAGGAAAAUGAUUUUUAAUUUUACCCACAUCAGUGACGACGUCGUCAUAGAGUCACAUGUCAACAGUUUCACACUUCAAAUCGUUCUUUCAGUUGACUGUGAAGAGUGUGUGUUUGUGUGAGUGUGUGUGAGUGUGUGUUACAGUCUCACUGUGGUUCUUGUAAGUGCACGUUCUACUGGAUUGUUUUUGAAAUAAUAAAAAGACAAAAAUCA